AUGGCCGAGGCCAUUGGGCUCUCCGCAAGCAUCAUUGCCAUUGUUGACCUCUCAGCGAAGCUCGCAAGUCACUGCAAAUUCUACGUCGAAAACGUUCAAGAUGCGCGUGCAGACUUUCGCAAGCUUCUCAUCGAGAUCACUCUGUCGGGAGAGUCAGGCUCCAUCGCCGGAUGUCUCGAUGCUCUGACACAACUCAAGGCUAUGCUGCCUCCGCCGGAAGAUAUCGAUUCCGGCAAUUCGCGUCUCUCAAUGAAAUCUAGAAGUAAAAAUAUCGCGACCCGUCUCGCAUGGCCCUUGAAGAAGACACGCGCUAUGGGCCUUCUGGGUGAAUAUCUCUUCGGCAUCGAUGGUAACGACAUGGCGGGCCAGUAG